CUUGGGAAGUCUCUCAGUGCAGCCUGAAAAGAGGAAACUUCCUGACAGUCAUAGCUUCCCACAAGCCAAUUACCCUUGUGACCCCUGCACUUUCAGCAGGGCUUUGUCCACCCGAGCCACUGCUUUAGAUCUGAAUUAGGUGUGAAAUACAGAUUUUCUUUUGCCACAAUGAAAAAUAGGCAACUUCGGAAACAGGGGAGCCUUUCUUCUGCUGCUGACCUGAUCUGAUGGCAGGUGCAGAGCCUGCAAAACCACUCCUGUUGCUGCUGGAAAGUCCCUUUUCCUUGCCUGAAUGAAGCUGCUUUCUCUGGUUAGAAUUUGUGGUCAGCUGGAGAUGAGCAGUGGGCAGCCAAGGGAUGCUUGGUAUUGGGACAAUCAAUCCCAAUUCCCCUGGGAGUGGGGAAGGAGAAAGGCUGGGGAGCACGGAAUGGAGAAGCUCGUUAAGAAUUCAUCUCCUAGACCAGGAAAAAUGUUGACACAGCUGCUCUUCCAGGAUGUCUUUGGAGUAGCAAAGCCCCAGGAAGCAGGGCUGGCUGCAGACUGUGCAGGAUUAGAGAGGGUACAAGGCGGAGAUCUGCAAACCCUGCGUCCCUUUCCUACCCUCUGUGAACCCCAGAGAAGCUGCUGCUCUUCCCGUGGGUGAUUUUAGGAGAUUUCAUCCUUGUUCAGCCUGGACUUGGCUCCUUGCAGUCAGGAAAUAUCCAGUCCGUGACAGCAGCAACCGCAGCAAUCUGCUCCCUCCCAAAAACCCUGCGAGGAGCAGGCAGUAACCUCUGCAGCGCCACAGCUGGGAGACAGAAAGGUGCUGUGAAAAACGAGGUUCACUCGCCUGAUGAAUUUUAAAAGGUUUAAUAUAAACAAAAAGGCAAUAGGAGACAAAGAUAAUAGAGCAAAGGGUUAAAACGGGGGGUGCUUGGCUCUCUGCCAAGGGUACACCUGGUGCUUUGGAAACACCCUUUAUAUACCAUCCCCUGCUACAUGGAUUUAUGCAUAUUCAAACUUUUCCAGGAACUGUUUUGCACGGUCACUCCUCAGGUCUGCCUUUUUAGAGCACACACGUUUGGUUUUAAUGUCUCUUUUACAAUCUUUUUAUUUGGGCUGGGGUUCUUUCUUCUACAGGCAGUCAGUAUUGAGAGCAGCCUGGGCCCCAUCAUCUGUUCCCUGGAGGUUAUCUGUGCUCAGGACAUAGCCCUAACGUCCAAACUUCUUCUCGACCUACGCCUAAAAACUUUUUAGCUACUAGCAGGAGAAAAAAGAAAAAGACAUAGUAAAAGCUAUUCUAACAUAUAUUCAUCUUAAUGAAUGCAAAAAGCCAAUAUCACAGUAUGUAUUUAUAACAGUGGUAAAAAAACCUGGAAUUGCAGCCUGGAAGGUCCUGUCCAUGGUUGGGAGGGAGCAGGGGAAGGAGAGAAUGAUGGAUUUGCUGUCUGUUCAGUGGGAGCAGCUUUUUUGCCUCCCAGUCAGGCAUUUUCCAGGCUGCUUUGAACACGGCCUGCUCUGGCUCCCUGAUGGAGACAACAGGAAAGGCUUCUUCUUCUUCCCUGAGAUUCCAUGAGAUUCCUGGUCCAGCAGCUGCUCUGGAUCAGUGCUGUCCUUGUUGUGACACCUGGCACAGAUCAGGGACACGGGAGCAGGAGCCUUUGCUGCCUGCAGGUGGUUCUGGGAUUGGAAUAAUGAGCAUUCCUGAGACUGGCAAAGAGAAACUGAUGGGAUUAGGGUUGCAGUUAGGCUGGAUUUGUUCAUAUCCAGGUGGUGCCACAGCUCAGGUGAUGGGGGUGGGAAUGUGGAGGGAGGGGCUGUUCCUAUCCCAUUACCCCCAAAUCUCCUCACUUCAUAGAAAUGUCAGAGUUGGCGUUUCCAGGGAAAUUUUACAAAGUUCUUAUCUGAAGAUUAUUUUAGGAUUUUUCCCUAGAAACAAGCCAGUUCUCUGGAUCCAUCUUGGACAGUGUGAAGUUAACAGCAGGCUUUUUUUUUUUCAUGGUCAUGCUAUCUAAUAAUAAUAAUAGCUUCAGUUUCUUGGAAUUUGUUUGGAAGUCCUGGUUCUGUCUGAUGAUGGAGACAGGAUCCUGGACUGGGUGAAGUUCUGAUCUGGAUGCUCCCAAAGUUUCCCUUGCUGCAGUGUGUAGUUACUUAAAUGUUUGUUUAGGGGGCAAUUAUAAUUCUCUCCUCUUUCCUGAAACUCCUUCCCCUCUGGGAUAGGGGGAAUCUAUUUUCUGGUAGAGCAGAGAGCCAGAAAAACGUCAGAAGGAAAAAUUCAAGUGUGGCAAUUAAGUUUAUCCUCAUGGAUCCCAUGGGAAGGCUCCUGACUUGUGUUUUUGAAUUCUCUUAUGGAGUCCCACAGACAUUUAAGGACAGUCAGUUUUAAUUUCCUUUCUUCACUUGAUGACUAAUAUGACUGAAUUGUAAAAUCCAAUAAAUCCAGUCCACUAAAUGGUGUUAACGAUAAGCAACAAUAACCUGACAACGGAAUGCAAGAAAACAGAAAAACUGACCAUAUUUUAAUUUUCCUAUAUGUAAUUUUACUUUUAAUAUUCUAGCAGCAGCUACUCUAUUUCCUAUUUUAUACUCUAUUUCCUGACUUUAUACUCAUUGUAAUUUUCCUGUAAAUACCCAGCCCUUGCUUACAAAUCACAGGACAGGGUAAAUAUUGUUUUCUAGGUUGUCUUUGGAGACUGGAGCUGGAAGUAAAACCAUAUGAGGAGACCAAGAUCAAAACCCUAUUGAAGGCAGCAGAAUAAAUCCAGUCUGGAGGAGUGUCAGACAAAGGGAGAAACAGCUGGAUCAAUUACAGAAAAGAAAGUUAAAGGAAAAAAAAAAUCUUCAGCUUGUUUUUCAAGAGAGGCAAAAACUCUGAGAAGUCGAAGAAAUGGAGCAACUUGCAAAACUCCUCCUGUGGCAGAUUUUGCUUCAGCAAAGUUCUGUGUGCUCAUAUUCAGUCCCAGCUGAUGCCUCCAACCCAGCCAGCGUGGUGGUGUCUGUGCUGAACAUCAGUGCUGUGCUGGGCUCCCAGGCUGUGCUGCCCUGCAAGAGCCACCGCAUGGUGUGGACCCAGGACCGCCUCAAUGACAGGCAGCGCGUGGUGCACUGGGACCUGCUCAGCUCCUACUAUGGGGACAGCAGGAUGGAGAGGCUCUGUGACAUGUACUCAGCUGGGGACCAGCGUGUCUACAGCUCCUACAACCAGGGCAGGAUCCUCAUGCCCGAGAACGCCUUUGCAGAUGGGAAUUUCUCACUGGUGAUCAAAGGUGUUGCAGAGAGUGAUGAAGGCACAUAUUCCUGCAAUCUUCACCAUCACUACUGCCACCUGUAUGAAACUGUGAAAAUCCAGCUGGUCAUCGCCAAGAGAGCAGGUGAGGAGGCCAGCGAGUACUGGGAUGGUGAGAAGCCAGUUCUGGUGGCCCCAGCGGGCAGCACGGUGACGCUGCCGUGUGUCAACCGCCAGCACAUCUGGACGGAGCGGCACAGCGAGGAGGAGCAGCAGGUGGUUCACUGGGACCGGCAGCCCCCUGGUGUGCCCCAUGACCGCGCUGACCGCCUGGUGGAUCUGUACGCGUCCGGCGAGCGCCGCUCCUACGGGCCCCUAUUCCUGCGGCAGAAGAUGAACGUCACCCGCGGCGCCUUCGCCCUCGGAGACUUCUCCCUGCGCAUCUCCCACCUGGAGAGCGCCGAUGAGGGCACCUACUCCUGCCACCUGCACCAUCACUACUGCGGGCUCCACGAGCGCAGGAUCUACCACGUGUCCGUGACAGAGCCAGAGAAGGAGAGGAAGGUGGUGAACCUCACCACACACAGCGUGGCCCCAGCUGCAGAUCCAAACGUGGUCAGGGGCCACAAUGUCAUCAAUGUCAUCAUCCCUGAGAGCAGGAUGCACUUCUUCCAGCAGCUGGGCUACAUCCUGGCCACUCUGCUGCUCUUCCUCGUCCUCCUCAUCAUCGUGGUCCUCAUAACCCGCAAGCGCCGGCAGAGAGGUUAUGAAUACAAUGUGAAGAAAUACGGAGAGAAGGAUGUGAAUCUUAAAGAAUUUACAGUGGACACGACAGAUCUGACCCCACACAAAAGUGAAGACAUCAGGCUGGAUUACAAAAACAACAUCCUGAAGGAGAAGGCUGAGCAAGCCAGAAGCUUCCCAGCAAAGAACAUUGAUUUAGACAAAGAUUUCAGGAAGGAAUACUGUAAAUGAAGGCCCUCCCAAGCUGCUGGCUGGACCAGAAGCUUCCAUCAGAGAUAGAUAACGUGGAAGAGAGAUGCCUUUUCUUAAUUCCAUCUCCCUCCAAUUUCCAUAGAAUUUUUUCCACAUCCACUUUUCCCCAACACAAGGGUGCAAAUGCUUCAUGAAAGAGUUAAACUGUCUUGUGUGCAUUUAUGGGGUUGGGUUGCCUUUUCUUCCUCUGUUCUUCCAAUCUUCCCUUCCCCUUUUCUUUCUUGACAAUUAUUGUUGGAUUUUAUGCAUCAAUGAUUUUUAUGAGCUGAAUCAGCAGAGGUUUUGCUUUGAUGUUAUUGCUUUAAAUAAAACCACCUGCAUCACUAAUUCUCAGCCAUCAUUACACCAGGCAUUUUUCCAUGUGGUGAAUCCAUCAGGAUAACAAUGGCAAAGGCUGAUCCCUGUCCUAGGCUGGCAUAAAUAAUUUCACACAGAACUUUGCACGAACCAGGUGAAGCACAAAGAGCACAGCCCUCCCAAAUGGCAGUGCAAAACCUCAUUUUAUCCAUGGGGAAAUGUCAGUAUCCUCAUUUUACAGGGAAAGGGAAGCAGACCAGUGGCUGAGGGCUCAGCUCAGAGCUGAACUCUGCAUUUUUCACCCUGUGUUUGUUGAUUUGUUUCUGUUUCAGACCAGAUCAGAUUUGGCAGGAGCAGGCGUUUGAUGGAUGCAGUCGUAGAGCUGUAAAUGCUAGCCUCAGUUAGAUCAGAACCAGGAAUGUUGUGGAGAGGGCUGAGCUCCUGUGUGGAACCUGGGAUGGGAUUUUUCUGCAGCCUUGGGGUGGAUCCAGGCCACACAGAGCACAUCAAACCAAAGGUAGGACCCAGCCCAAGGAGAUGGUGAAAGGGAGCAAUUCCAUGAGGAACAGGAGCAACAACAGGAAUUUUCAUGGACCAGGUGCUCAGAAAGGGAGUCCAGGAGGGGGAUGAGUCCAUUCCCAUGGAUUUUGGGUGGAUUCCUAUGGCAGUGAGGCUGUGGACUGAGGUGGGGGGUGGGGGAGGGUUCUACCUGUGAACAGUGUCAGGUGGGGCUGCCAAAAAAUUGGAAGUAAUUCAGUGUUGUAAUCCAAGCAAGUCAAAACUCCAGGAAAGCUGCAGAAUAUUGUCAGUUCUUGGGGCAUGGAAGGAAAAGGUGUUUCCUGUUAUGGUGACAGGGACUUGGGUGAGGGUGGCCAGGGAUUGCCAUCCUUCUGUUUGGUGGUCUGGAGGGGGUGGCACAGGGGAAGAUUUGUGUGGAUGGAGCUGGGACAGCCUCUCCAGCACCCAGCCCUUCCCUUUUCUUGCCAAUUUGUGUGUCUUGCCAACAUUCUCAGGCGUCUAAAUCCCAAUCCAGACCCCCGUCCCUCCUCCUGUGGGCACCAGGGAUCUCUGCUGGGUUCAGACAGGGCUCAGCAGGGCUCAGAGGGUGGGAUAGUUCCUCAAAAGCUGAGCUCAGCUCUGCCAAAAACGUGGUGGGUGAGGCCUCCAGAGGGGCUGUGCUGGCUCUUCAUAAGGUGGGACAUAGCAACAAUGCACUUUUAAUGACAAGUAGACCAUGGACAUUUUUACAGAUAUCAAUAUGUCUGUUACUGGGGGCUGUGUUAAAGAAUAAUUUUAUCAGGGGACCUUAUUUUCAAUGCCUUCAAGCAGUAAAAAUAUUAAUAAUAGAAGGGAACUAGACGUGGAGGUGAGCCUUCCUAAGCUGCAGCUGAGCAGAUCCUCAUCUUUCGAUUUCUUACUGCUCUCCACAGGUUCUUUUGUGAUCUGUAAUUAAUUACCUUUAUCCUCACUGAAGAUGCACCCCAAAAAGUGCCCAGGAUUGGUGCAGAGGAAGGUCUGGGGUUGAUCCCAAGCCCCUUUUUGCCCUUCCCCAAAGCAGAGAGGGAUUUUUAUGCUGCCCUGAAACCCAGGCUGCAAUCCUGCAGGUGCAGGAGGCUGUGCUGGUUAUUCCAUCAGGGUGGCACAGUCUCAAAUAAUAGUCAUUAACGUCUCUCUCCCUCCCUUUCAUGUCUGUGAGUCAAAGGUUGGAGAUUUUUCCUUGCCAGCUCCAAUUGCUCAGCACAGCUCACACAGACACCAGCUCAGAGUGGGGUUACUCAUAAACUCCAGAGGCAUUGCAAUAUUUUAUCUGACUCCUGGGCUGCAGAAUAGCUUAAGGGGGGAAAAUUUAAUAUAUUCUCUGAAACAAUGGCUGGGAAGGGCUCUUUGAGUUCCUCAUCCUUGCUUUGAUCACUGGUUGGGAUUUGGGUAAUGGUCAGGCAUGCCAGGGAACCUUCCCUGGUGGGGUGGGAUGGGAUUCUGGCCCAGGAUAACCCUUCCUGCUCAGGAUGGGAUGGGAUUCUGGCCCAGGAUAACUCCUCCUGGACAUGCAAUGACCUGGGAUGGGUUUCUGGCCCUUUUUCCUUCAGGAGAGGAAUGUUGUGUGAUUGGCCUAGAGAUCACCACUGUAGCUUUCACCAGCAGCCACUCUGUAAUUUAGCAAAUUAAAAUUCUGGCUGAGAGAGAGUCAGGCAAGUGCUGGGUAACAAAGAAAAAAAAAAACAACAACUGCAGUUUGUUUGGUUUUUUUUGGUUACUUAAUGCAAAGGAAUUAUUGAAGGCUGUUUGCCCUAAAAUCCUGGUGAGAAGCCACUGAGGCCAUUCCCAUUGCACUUUGCAUUCUUAGUCUGUGGCACUGGUGGGAAAUCCAUGGAAAUGAGAGGGUUCCAUUUGGAAUUCCCCCUCUGGGCUGGGGCAGGAGCCCUGCUCCCUCUUCCCAAACAAUUUGGUUUUCUCUGUCCUUUUGUUAUCUCAGCCUUUCUCUGCCUAAUCUGGGACUUGCCUCUUGUGGAGAAACACUUUUUUCAUGUGUGUAGCACUUGGCCUGAGUUAUUCCAAGUAAUUUUCUCCCUGUGCCAAUGAAUUGGUGCACUUUGAUGAACUUAUUUACCUUCUUUUGCAGACUUUGCCCCCUCACAGUCUCCCUGGUUUUCUGAGACAUAGAUUUUAUAUUCAAUUAGUUAAAAUAAUAAUUAUAAUUUCUCCCCUCAGUGAGAACUUUACCUCGAUGAUUGUUAUUAUUGUUGCUCAACUUUUACACUUCGUCUGUUAAUUCUCCAAACAUUUAAGAAAUAAAGGAGAAUAAAAUGGA